CACUUUUUUUUUUUUUUUUUCGCACCCUCCCCUUCCCCUCCCCGCUCCUCGGGCCCGGUGCGGGCGGCAGCGCAGUGCCCGCUCCCCGCCGGGGUUGCGGCCACCGGCGGGGGGGAAGAGCUCCGUGCCGAGCCGUGCCGAGCCGUGCCCCCUGCCCUCGCCAUGCCCAGAGCCUUCCUGGUGAAGCGGCGGAGCCCGCAGCCGGCCGUGCGGAGCUGGGCUGGGCUGCCCGACGAGGAGCGAGCCGACACCUACAUCCCAGGCGGCAUCGGCUGCGUCCUUCUCGGCUACGAAGACAGCUGCAGCCUGGAGAGCAGCGGCAGCAGCGGGACGAGGGACGCCGAGCCCAGCGACCCCCCCACGCCGCAGCCGGCCCCCGCAGACCUGGGCACGGCCGGGGGGAUGCUGCUGGACCUGGCUGUGAAGCGCCCCGUGGUCAGGUCGAAAAUCAAGUUCACCACGGGCACCUGUAACGAUGCGACGGUGCACUCCUGCGAGCUGUGUGGCAAGGGCUUUCGCCUGCAGCGCAUGCUCAACCGCCACAUCAAGUGCCACAGCCAGGUGAAGAGACACUUGUGCACCUUCUGCGGGAAAGGCUUCAACGACACCUUUGAUCUGAAAAGGCACGUCCGGACCCACACUGGAAUUCGUCCUUACAAAUGUGAGGUUUGCAACAAAGCAUUUACCCAGCGGUGUUCCCUGGAAUCCCACCUUAAGAAGAUUCACGGGGUGCAGCAGCAAUAUGCCUACAAACAGAGGCGAGAUAAACUUUACGUGUGCGAGGAUUGCGGCUACACCGGCCCCACGCAGGAGGACCUGUACCUGCACGUCAGUAACGUUCACCCUGGCAGUGCUUUCCUGAAAAAAACCUCAAAAAAACUCGCGGCAGUUUUGCAAAACAAACUGAGCCCUGUCCUGCAGAGGAACUCCAAAGACGACGACAAGGAUGAAUAACACAGUGGAUUACAGUGGGCUGCAGGAAUGAAGUUUACAUGUAGGACUACAUAUAUAUUAUUAUUUUUUUUAAAAAACAAUUUUGGAAGAAAUCCCUGAAAGAAAAGGGAUGCUUUUGUUAACGGGACUCUAUUGAUCCUGGCAGAACCUCAACUUGAAAGAAAUAUUCCCACACGUGAUGCAAACAUUUGUCUGGUCAAAAAAUGGAAAGACUGGAAGGGGCUGUCACCUAUUUGAUGGAGCAUUUACUGAACUGGCAUUCAGGUGACCUGCUUUGUUUCAGCUCUGCUACGCAUCCGAAUGGCUGCUGACCACUCAGUUCACCGUUCCCCAGUGCCUUUCUUAAAGACGACAACAGUUACCUCCUGUAAAAAUUGCCUUUGAGAGGUUUGGGUGAGAGGGGCCACGUAAGAGCAGCUACGAGUACAUCGUUCUCAUGUGCAAAAAUAAUUAAAAUGGGCUUACAAACAGGAAUACAUUGUAUCGGUACCUACGUUUAAAUGUGCAAAUAACCUUAGCUCUGACCCCCCGUGCAGUAAACUAAUGAUUUCCAGAACCGUGACCCAAGGCGAGAUGAAACUUUAUUUAAAAAGGACGCGGAACAUUUUCCCCUCCUAAACUUUCUCUUCUAGCAAGCGACAUUCCAGGGCAGCCUUACGGUCACGUUCUAGGUACUUUAAGCUGUGAACUCAUUUUAUCAUAUUUAGAUUUAAGUGUGUAACCUUAACUCUGACUUCCCUGGACUUGUUAUGCAUGCUUUGGGGAUUAUUACCACAUUUGAUUAUUACCACAUUCUCUUAACAUACAUCAAUAUCAAGCCAGAAACUCAAAGAAAACACUUUAAUGACUUGAAGAUUUAUAUUUUCUGUCACAUUGAAAUGCAUUUUUGUGUGUAUUUUAUGGUGUGCAUGUGUGCGUGUGUUGUUUUUUUUUAAUUUUUAAAAAUCAGGUGCCUUUAGUUAGUACAACAGAGCUGCGCAAUGCAGUUAAGAGCACAACUUAGGCUGUCUGCCUCACAAGAUCAAUGCAAAACUAUACGCAUGUAUCUGGCCCCUCAUGUGUAAUCACCAUCAGUUUAAAUGGCUCCUGGUGAGACUGAUGCUACCAGGGAAGAAGGUGGUGAUGAUGAUGAGGGACUGGAGCGAUGCCUUUGUUGUUUUCAGACUCCCCUUCUAUUCCUGCUCCAGCUCCUGUUGACCUAGGACAACCGAGAUGGUAGCGCUAUAGGGACCAUCAAGUGCAAAUUCAGGGAUUAAAAAGUAAAAAAAAAAAAAAAAAAAAAAAAAGUAGAGGUGCUGUAACUGUUGUUGCUGAAACUUCCUGACACUUUAAACCUCUUCAGAAGUUGCUGCAGCCCUUCCUGGGCACUUGGGUGUCUAAGUUAGGAAAGUCAGGGUGGGGUGGCAACUUCCUCAGCAAUCACAGGUUAUGCUGGGCCAAGCACAUGUUAUUCAUCUGUCUCAUGUCUUAAUGGACACAGCUGCUAAACAGGUUUUAAUUAACUUAAAUGCAUCAUAAUUAAUGGUGUUCAUUUUUAAAUGCCCCCAAAGUCAUUUGUGUUUCAAAA